UUCCUACCUUUAAUGUCUUGUAAAGAAUAUCAACUUGACUGAGUACCACUCUCAUGUGCUAGUGGAACCUGUCUUGGGGAGGUGUGCUUGUAGCUGAGCACCUAAAUAAGAUACUAGGCAAAAUAGGCAAAGGCAUUGUGUGGAUAACCGAAUGCAGUGGCUGUUACGUGGCUUGUGAAGAGCUAUCCAACCUGAGAGUGAGAGCAAGGCAGAGACAUUUAGUGCUCUGGGGUGCCCAGCUGUUGUGUUGCUAGAAUUUUUCUGAAGGUCUCUCUUGGCUCCUGGGCAGGCAGGUCCUUGCAAUGCAAGGCGAGUUUAUUAUAUUUAACCAACUUCUAAAACAUGGCUGUGCAAAGUGAUUGCAGUGGAGCUUUGAGAUGUCCUAGUGAGCCCACUGAGUUGCCUUUUGAUAGGGCCUGGAUUGUGUUUGAACUCUGAUCUUCAUAAGACCGCAUUUGUAUUUAAAAAAAAAAUAUCUAAGUGGUGUCACAGCUUUCUAGCAGUAAGAGCUGUAAGCAACAGUACUACGUGUUUCAAGACACCUAAAAUGGUAAGAGGAUGAGAUGCUGCUGAGCAUGUCUGUCUCAGACUGUCGUAUCUGACUGCAUUUAGCAGGGCUGCAGCAGUAUACAUGGGGUGGCACGCCUGGCUGCUGUUGAGAGAGUGCUUGUCCUGACAGAUUUGAAACAGGGUCUGUGUGUUUCAGGCGCUGCUGUGACAAAGUAGUUUCCCGUUGUUUCACUAAGCCUUCGGGCUGGUGCAGUGAAUAGCUGCAGAGGUGUGUUUUCAUAAUUCACUGGUGGGGGGUUGUGGGUGUACAUAAGCCAGCGAUCCUUGCCCUCCCAGCAAUGUGGGCCAGCGUGUGGCUAAAAGAAAGACUUUCCCCAAACAUCAGACAGUGGUGAAAGGGUUUUAAGUUGAAUUUGUGACACUGGCAGAUUUUGUCAGAAAUUGGGGCACAUUCUUUACUAUUUGAUGUGUGAAAUCACUCACUUUGGAGAUGUGCUGCCAGACAUACUUAUUUUUCUCUGUGUCAGGCACCAUUUGGAACAAUAUAGCUCAAGCUGAAGGUGUGCUGUAAAAAUACACAGCCUCUUUGCUGCCCAAAUGCUUUCAUUGGGCGCUUUUGAAGCAGAGCCUCUAUGCAGAGGCCAUUCUUUGCAAGCCUGUGGUGUCUGCUCAGAGCACAUGUUGACUGUUUCCUACCUGCAUCCUUCACUGCAUGGGAACAUUCUCUGAUAAAUAUUGGGUCUCCUCCUUACAAAUGGGGAUGGGCAUUUUAGUCCUGAUGAGGAUGCCUUCUCGUUUAACAUGCUUGAAAGGGAUGGAGCAGCCAAAUUGCCCCCUGUCCUCCAGGACUUGGCAGGGGGCUGCAUGUUUUGAGUGCAUUUGGCAGAGUUUUGGUGUUCCGACUCAGCAAAUUGUAACAAAGGGAGGAUGGUGAAGCCUUCCUUUAUUCAAUAAUCCUGUUUGCUUUUCUGGAAACUGGCUAUAGCCUCGGAAUCACUGACUCAAUUUUUGGAUCCUAUUCUCAUGACAAAGCGGCUGUCUGGUUUAAAACAAGCCCAUUAUAAAAAGGGUGCAGUGGAUCCUGUCUGAUUGUAACAGCUUCUGACGUUCCUCCAGCACUGGGGAGCUUGGCUGGAACGGAAAAUGUACAGAGCUGAAACCAAGGUAAGUUUAUUUGCAGCCUAUUCAUGAUUGUGGCUAAGAGUACAGAAUUUAUCAGGGAUAAGUUGUGGAGAAACUUUGGUUUCUUUGUUCUGCUGACAGCUUUCCCCUCUUGUCAGUCUGUCAGCAAGCGGAGAUGCUUGAAAUACCUUCUCAAGUGGAGGGAAGCUGGAGCUGAGUGCUCCCUAGUCUUUUCCCAGAUCUUGGCUAUUUCCUCUAGGUAUGGCUCAGCGGGAGGAUGGAGCCAAACACAGUGACUGGUGAGGGAAUAUUUUAAAAUGCAUUAGGACCUGAUGCCUUGUAAAUUGAUGGCAGAGGCUACUGGGCCAGCAGCGAAUGUGACAAGCUGUGUUUGCAGAGCAGAGUCUCGUGGAAGGUUUCCUUGGGAGGACCUGUGUCCCAGUGCCAGUGGCAGCCACCACAUCCCCCUUCUGUGGUGAAGCAAAGGAUGUGCUGCAACAGAAAGACACCUGAAUGCUGACUAUAGCACCGAAGGCAAUUGCAUUCCCUGAGAGAUGUGAACCAGUCUUGUGAUUUGGUGGAAUUGGCAGAGGUGGAUUUAAACUGGAAAAGAAGGUAGAUCAGAAAACUCAACUUCAGCUAGAGUGACGUGCAUCAGAUGGGUAUCCAGCUUGAAUGCUGCAUUCUUCAGUCUUGAAGUUAGCAGAACUGAGCUGGUUGGCUGUGCAGACCUUGUUGCGGGGUUGGGACUGGGCAGGGGUAAGCAGCUCAGAAAGGAAGGUGAGAACUUUGAGCUAGUUGGCUGUUUCUCCUGUGAAAUAUUACAUGACUGUUAAGAGGCUGUGGACAGAUGUACGUCUUCCCAUUGUAUUAGUUUUGCAUUUGGGUUACAUUCCUUUUAACCUGUGGAGGCUAUAGGACCCAAUGGUCUAGAGGGUGCAGAAGCAGAGUGGUCUUGAAGGCGCUGGCCAAUGCUAUGAAAGACCUGGAUCGAGUCUCUGAUUUUCUGCACCUUUCGUCUGUGAUCUUGGCUCAAAGUGAUUUGGCUAUUUCUGAGCGGUCUUUAGAAACUGAACGUGGCAGGCUGCUUCCUCCUAACCUGGUGUCCGUCAGAUUGCAGUGGUACAGUCUUUAGGUACUUGUGCAUAAAGGAGGUGCUGGGGAAAUGCAACUGAUUCAUGCUUGAGUCUUCUGUCCACUUGAAGAGACUUAAACACAUACUGCCUUUAUCCCUGCUGAAAGCCAUGUCCCCUGUGAGUGUGCUGCAGGGAGUUUGUUGAUUAUGUGCUGCUGUGAUACAGCAAAAUGUCCAAGAGGAGUUAAGUCAGUGAAGGAGUGCAAAUCUUAUCUUUUCUUUCUGCCUAGCACAUUCCAGGGAGAAGAAAAGGGCAAAAGAGAGAAACACUAUUUCCCACAACCUAAAUAAGCGGUCUGCCCUAGAAAGGAAUUGCUGCCCCCAUGCUACUUUCUAAGAAAGCAGUGGGCACUACUGGUUAUUGUUUACAAGUUUCCUUCUAACAGAGCCACCAUUGGGAAGAAAUGUGAUAACUGCUAUGAGGUGGCCAAGGGAGUAGGAGUUUUACAGUCCCAUAAGGAAGAUCUGCUAUGGCAAGUCUGUAAUCUGCCAGGUAAGCCCCCAAAAUGCAAAGUUUGGCCAGCGUGUGGUUAACAGGUUAGUGCUGUAAGCAGAGAGCCACUUGAUGACUUUACUGGAGGAAGGCAAUUUGUGUCAGAGUAAGAUUCGACUGAAAGGAACUGACGAAUCUGGAAUUGAAAUCUGUAAUUCACCUGCCAUUAUCCUGCGGGUGAAAAACGUCAGUCUGCCCUAUUUGUGCCUGAAUCAUUGGAGGAAAGCUGAGAAGCGCUGAGUGUGAAGGUCUGAAAUGAACCGAGGGAGUGUGAAAGGGCUGUGGUGGAGACAGGUUAGCAGGAGCUCUCUCCUGAAGUCUUCCUAUCAAUGGUCUGAGAAUAAAACAACAAAGAACACUUUUGGUUGGUUGGUCGCUGUUCUGUGGGAAUGGCUAUGUCCUUAACGUGCUCUUGGAUUUCUUUGGCUUUUUAGCUUUAUAUAAGUACAAGGAAAAUACCCACCUACAAAUACCAGGUAGCUUUGCCAAAUUGAAGUUCAGUUGUGUUAGGCUGGGUGGGGAAGGGACAUCAAAUGAGCUUUUCUGUUACAAAAUUAAAGGCCAGCUUAACCAACUUUAUGCACAGUUGCUGUGAUAGGGCAUUGCAGGAGGAACUGGUUCUGCUGGAUUCCAGACACAAAAUCAAGGCAGCUUAUGUGGAGCCAGGACCAGUGUUGACAGGAGACCCAUUCCUUUCCCGCUGUCAGUCACUUUGCUGUGGUGCAGGAGGGGGCACCCCUCUGCCUGGGUGGGGUGCUGCCUGCAUGGAGACCAGACCUGUGGUCUUACAAAUGUUGGGUAGAGUUCAUCAUCAACGGUGCUGGACACUUGCUGCACAGACAGGAGUGGAACUGCAGAUCAGAAGGUGCUGCAGAGCUUGGGGAGUGAGGCUGAAGAGUGGGAGAGUUCAUCAGCUGUCCCAGCAGAGGGUAACAGCUGAGUCGCGAUGAGAUGCACCCCUGUGUACUACCCUGUGGAUGCUGUGGCUUCCUUGACCACUGGCUUCAAGAAGAGGAUUACUGGUGGUGAGUGACUGCCAGACCUCAGUGAACAGGGCUUUCAGCGUUGCCUCUGGACUCGUGGCGGCAGAUUUUUCAGGUGAUACCUCUAGGGUCAAAGAUCCAGAAGCAGGAUCUGUAAAAAACAGCAGGGUUGUGGCUGGCCAGCAUGGUUCACUACGCAAUAGUAGCAGUGUGGGAAAACAGGAACCGGACAUUUUAGUACACACCUUCUACAACCUUUAUUUAGUUGCUCUAAAGAUGGUAGUGAUCUCCCAACUCUCCUUUGCAGUAAAGAUGGGAAGAGCUUGCUCAGAAGGGAGAGACAUGGGGACACGUUGCUUUGUAUGUGUUGACUCCUUCGUAAUGGGAGAUCAGUCUCUUGAAAGUAAGAGGAAAAUGUGAGGGAAAUUACAUUAUCCUAAUAAAGGUCUACCAACAGGCCACAAGACCAAGGACAUAAAUUCUCUGCCAGGAUUAGUCUGACUCCCCAGACACCUGGUCAGGCUGGUGGGACACACUGACCACCCAGCUCUAGAAAAACUGUGGGUAACUUAUUUUUUAACAGAAAGUAAACAGGAAAAAAAAAUAGUUGGUUUUUCUAGAUUUGAGUCUAUCUGCUGGGUUGAAACUGUGACAAUGAAUAGUAUUUUUAACAGCAGUGAUGUUAGAUCAAUACCAAUAGCCAAAGCACCAUAGGUGAAAUACUAGAAGCAAAAGGUGGUUGUGUAUCUUAAUACUCGGGCUAUGGAAAAACUAUAGGAAAAGUGGAUUACAGAGGACUGCAUGUUAGAUGUUUAAAUCACAGUGACCAGAAAAAUUCUCUCCAGAGCACCUGGGGGAAUUGGCUGAGGCAAUCUCAGAUGCUACCAAAUAAUCUGGCAGCAAGUAUGGGGCCGUACUGGAAGGAUGGAAAAGGUGAAAAGUUGUCUUGAGUAUGCACUGCAUUGGAUCAACCAACUUGCACAUCAGUUAAUUCUAGAGCUUUGCAUUGAAGACACUGGAGUAAGUAACCAAACUCCUGUUAAGGUGGAAGAUGGGCUGGUGAUUGGGUGCAGCUGAAAGGGAUCUACUGGGACAGAUUCACAUCAACCUAACGUAAUUUUUGGCAUGGACUGGCAUCACAGUAUCAUAAGCAAGCAAGGGAUAUAGUCAAAAUAAACGUGAUGGUUCAGGAAUCCAUACUGUGAAGGGCAGCUCUUGAUGAAUAAUUGUCAUCCGGAAGGAUCUAAAAAUGAGGCUGUACGAAGGAUUGGUCUGGGUCUAGGGCUUGGCAAUAUUUCCAUGAAGGGAUUUUUGAAGAAACCAUGCAUUGUCUCUCCAGGGCUGGCUGGGUUGGUGAUACCUUAGGCAAGAGGAAUGGGAUUUGCUCACCAGCUCUUGAGAUCAUUUCAAAACAGGUUGCAAUCAAGUAGGGAAAAAGUGUCCCGAAGCAAUGUGCUUUGCAGUCAGCUGCCUGGCUGUAGAGCAGCUCUUGAGAAUGAAAUGUGGUGAUGGAUGGAAAAUUUGUCAACUGUAUCAUAAAAUAGCAGCAACCAAAGCAGAAACAGCCAACUGCAAAUGCAGUCAGAUGUCUGAAGAACUGUGCUAUCCACCAUGUCCAUGGAGCGCUCCUUUAGUUUUUCUUGGCACUGUUAAAGCUUGUGUGAUGUCCAGCUCUUGGCAUUGACUUUUGAGGAAGUAAGCUGUGCACCAUUAGAAUGGAAACAAGGAGAACAACUGCAGGGCUAGAAAACAUGACCCAGGAGGAAAGAGACCUCACCACCCCGUUAUUAGUAAAGGUCUAACUGCAAACACUCGGUAAGCCAAUAUACAUGAAAUGCUGCUUAGUACAGUCCAUUGACUACUUAUGGCUCCCUUGGCCAUAAUUUAGUAACUACUGAUCCUAGAGAGGGUGGGAGGGAAAUACAUUAAUAGUGUUUUGCUGCAAAGAGGACAGAGACUUCACCAAGGGAGCUUUGAGUCUGACUGGGACAGAACUAGGUGCUGGGAAGGGCAAGACAUUGGUGGCAGCUGGAGGUGUUGGGGCCAGCCUGGUGAAUUGGCUUCCAGGGUUAGCUGGGAUGCAGUUGAUCCUGCUCAAUGGUUGGGCUUAAUGACUUUUUGACAUCUUGAGGGCUCUGUUUUCAGAUAUUUCACACCAUGAUGUGGCUAGGCUACGGAUGCAGGCAUGUGCUGGGGGGUGAGGAACCUCUCUGCUUUCCUUCCUCUGCUUGUGUUUCAGGUCGCCUUCUACGAAGACAAGAAUUUCUUAGGCCGUUGCUAUGAAUGCGACAGCGACUGCCCCAAUUUUCACACCUACCUGAGCCGCUGCAACUCCAUCCGGGUGGAUGGAGGCACCUGGGCAGCCUAUGAGAGGCCGAACUUUUCUGGGAACAUGUAUGUUCUGACACAUGGAGAGUAUCCUGACUACCACCACUGGAUGGGCCUCAACGACCGCCUUGGCUCCUGCAAAGCUGUCCAGAUACCAAGUGGAGGCCAGGGCCACAUCCAGGUAUUUGAGAAGGGAGAUUUUGGCGGGCAGAUGUUCGAAGCCACCGAAGACUGCCCUUCCGUCAUGGAGGAGUGGCACAUACGUGAGGUCCACGCCUGCAGAGUGCUGGAGGGCGUCUGGGUUUUCUACGAGCAUCCCAACUAUCGGGGCAGGCAGUACCUGCUGCUCAAGGGGGAGUACCGCAAACCCGUGGAGUGGGGAGCAGCGAACCCCGCUGUCCAGUCCUUCCGCAGCAUUGCCGAGUAAGGCAGCCAUUGGCUGGGCUGCUGGAGGCUGUCAAUAAAGCAACUGAGU